CAAACCGCUGCCAUUUUCCCUGCUACUAGAUCCAAGUUCACGUAACAGAAUAGAAAAGACAGGCCCUAUCACAGUUUCUUCAAUCCCAGCCUCACAAUGUUCAGUCAAUGAAUGGCCAUCGAUGAAUGGAGACUGUCAUCCCCUCUUGUGUGGCCCAGGUAAAGAAUUCCUUGAUGGUAAAUGUACAGUAAAAGUUGAAGAAAUCAAAGGCUUGAGCUAUCGUCUGCGUCUCUGGCUUCAACCUAUUCCAAGUGACAGCUUAGGGCUGGCAGGCAUAUUUGCCAAGAAAACUUUCAACUUAAUGAUUUUAAAGAUCCAAGAAAUGGUUGAAGAAUUCAGCAACAGUUACACACUGGACGUAAGAGGACUAGUAGAUACCAACUCGAUUCCAUUUUUAAAGUUCCCUGCAAUAUUUUGGAUGGAAUGUCUUCUAUUCGCCCAUCAAAACAUAACUCAAAAUGAUUUAGAUGUACUAAUUCUGAAUCAUUUGAUGUAUGGGAAUAUUUCAGUUCAAAACUUUGAAAACGCCAAGUUGAUAGUAAAACCGAUUCAGAUGUUGCCACAAUUUGUUGUUGAAAACUCAGUAGCGCAAAACCUCAUUAAUCAAAGUCAGACUGUCUAUUUACAUGCUGAAUAUAAAAGUGAGAGUUUUAUUACUGGCCUGAAAGUCGACUAUAUCAAAGUAAAUCACGUACUAAUAUGCAGAUUUGUUCGGUUUGAACCAGAACAAUAUCAGACAGAUGUCAGGGACGAUGUAAUACCGCCAGACAUUACGUUAACUAUAGAUUUUAACGGGACUAAGAUACGUAUCACAGACACUGCAGAUCUGAACAUGGUAGACAUUGGUCAAGAUGGCGAACUGAACGUAUGUGAAGAUUUGCUGAACAGUAAACUGAAGAUGUUCAAAGAAGAUGUAUUGGAAGGCACCAACAGGGAGCUGGCUGGAACCUCUCUGGCUGAGUAUAUUGUUUCUAUAGCGUGUUCUUCAGCUUCGAUACUUUGUCUGGUUCUGACCUUGAUGACCUAUGUCCUGUUUAGUGAACUAAGAACAGAGGCCGGUCUGAAUAACAUGUUUCUCAGCAGUAGUCUUCUCUUGGCUCAAGUUUGUCUGCUGAUUACCUCCCAUAUCUUCAGGUCGAGCACAAUGUGUACAGUCCUUGGUGUGUUGACUCACUUCAUGUGGCUGUGGAUGUUCUCCUGGAGUUUCCUCUGCAGUUACCACAUGUUUCAAGUUUUUACUUCCAACACCAGCAGAACCUCGUCACAGCAGGACAGGUUGAAGUUCUGGAAGAAAAUCUUGUUUUCACUGACCUGUCCUUCAGCCAUCAUCUUGACCACCGUUGUUGGCAGUUAUUUGGCAUCAGCAGGAAAGGAAAUAGGUUACGGACGAUUUAGUUGCUUCUUAAAUACUACUUUACUUGUAGGUCUUACAUUGGUAUGGCCUCUGUCUCUAGUCACGCUGACCAAUGUCGUGCUUUUCACCGUUGCUGUAAACAAGAGUCACAGUGUGCGUAAGUUACAGCCUAUCUUCAAGAAAAACGAGCGGGACAAUGAGUGCCACAUCUAUCUGAUGAUAUCUUCUGUCACCGGAGCUUUCUGGACAGUCACUAUUGUGGCUGCUGCUUUGGGUAAUGAUUUCCUAAGGUUGAUUUCUAUAGUACUGAAUGGACUUCAAGGUAUGGCUAUCUUCGUGUCAUUCAUCUGUACCAAGCGAGUCCUACUCUUGUACAAACAGACGAGAUGUUUUAAACGUGAAGCCAAGACUGAGGAAAUUAGAGUAGAGCCGAUACAUCCUGACUGACAGAGUUGUUUCAAACCCUAUAUCUGAACAAUUGUGCUGCAGUU